GCUCAGUGAGUUCCCGAGAACGAACAGGUUCGCACACUUGACUGCCACAAACGGGAACAAAUAAACAAGCAUAAAUACGUAGUUAUAUACUUAAGUGGUAUAUAUUAUCGCUAUGGUUGUGGGCGUGAGUACACUGCUGCUGGCAGUGCUGGUGGCGAUUGUUGGAUAUCUGCUACUGCUAUGGCAUCGCACCAGGAACUACUGGCAGAAUCUGGGCAUACCGUGUGAGGAGCCGCACUUGCUGAUGGGCAGCAUGGGGGGAUUGCGCACCAAGCGAUCGUUCAACGAUGUCUGGAUACAUUACUACAAGAAGUUCCGGCUGAGUGGACCCUUUGCCGGUUUCUAUUGGUUCCAGCGGCCUGCUGUGUUCGUACUGGAGCCCUCACUGGCCAAGCUCAUUUUGAUCAAAGAUUUCAACAAGUUCACGGAUCGCGGAUUCUUCCACAAUCCCGAGGAUGAUCCACUGUCGGGGCAGCUGUUUCUGCUGGAUGGACACAAGUGGCGAUCGAUGAGGAACAAGCUGUCGUCCACCUUCACGUCGGGUAAAAUGAAGUACAUGUGUCCCACCGUGGUCAGGGUGAGUCAUGAGUUCACCGAUGUGUUUGGCCAGAUGGUAGACAAGUCGCCCAUCGUUGAAGUCAAAGAACUGUUGGCCAGAUACACCACAGACGUGAUUGGCACCUGUGCCUUUGGCAUCGACUGCAGCAGUCUCAAGGAUCCCGAGGCCGAGUUCCGUCUGAUGGGUCGUCGAGCUCUGACAGAGCACCGACAUGGAGCCUUUGGCAUCGGCUUCCUGAACAGCUUUCCACAUCUGUCCCGCAAGCUACACAUGAAGAUGACAGCAGAGCCCAUUGAGCAGUUUUUCAUGCGCAUCGUCAAGGAGACGGUGAAGUUCAGGGAACAGAACCAGAUACGACGCAACGACUUUAUGGAUCAGUUGAUCGAUCUGAAAAACAAACAAAUAAUUAAGUCCGAGGCGGGUGACAACAUCAACCUCACCAUUGAGGAGAUUGCCGCCCAGGCUUUUGUGUUCUUUGCCGCUGGAUUUGAGACCUCCUCGACCACGAUGGGCUUUGCUCUGUACGAGCUGGCUCAGCACCCGGAAAUUCAGCAGCGGGCGAGGGAGGAGUGCCAGGAGGUUAUACAGAGGUGUAAUGGUGAAUUGACCUACGAGAGCAUGAAGGAUCUGGUCUACCUCGAUCAGGUGAUAUCUGAAACCCUUCGCUUGUACACCGUACUGCCCGUUUUGAAUCGCGAAUGCCUGGAGGACUAUGUGGUGCCAGAUAAUCCAAAGUAUGUGAUCAAGAAGGGUAUGCCCAUUCUGAUACCAGCCGGACCCAUGCAUCGCGAUGAGAGGUUCUACCCCAACCCUAAUGUCUUCAACCCGGACAACUUUUCGGCGGAACGCGUCAAGAGCCGCGACUCGGUGGAGUGGCUGCCCUUUGGCGAUGGUCCCCGCAACUGUAUCGGAAUGCGUUUUGGCCAGAUGCAAGCCCGCAUUGGCAUGGCCAUGCUGCUCAAGGAUUUCAAGUUCUCCGUGUGCGACGAGACGACUAUUCCUAUGACCUACAACAUGGAAAGCUUUUUGAUAGCCAGUGCAACUGGCAUUUUACUGAGAGUGGAACGUGUAUAAUAAAUAUAUAUACAUAUGUAACA